AUGCGCCCGCUCCGUAAAGCAACUCUUCGCGCUUCGUCUCAUCGCGUUCGACCAGUCUCGUCUGCCUUGCUUGCUCCUCUUGCUACCAUGUCGGCACACCUCCAAAGCCCGAGCUUCCUGCCCUCGUGCUCAUGCUCGCGCAACUUGACGACUGACGCCUCGUCUCUCGACCGAUUCUCCAUGUCUACCCUGGCUACAUCCGCACGCUUAGUCCGAACGAGCACACCCAGCCUCGCAUCCUCGUCUUCGUCCGCUUCCUCUUCGGUUCAAGCAACCCCCGCCCUUCCGUCCGGAUCGGCCUUCCACUCCUCGGCCAAGUCCACCAACGCAGGUCUUGACCUCUCCCACCUCAACUCGCUUCUCGACAAGCUCGCUCGCCCUUCGUCGCCUCGUUCUUCGUCGUCCAACGAGAACCUUUCGACUCCCUCCACCUCCGCCUCGGCUUCUGGCUCGUCUUCGGCGCUUCCGCUAACCCCACGGCUUCGAGGCAAAGGCACGUUCCGCGAGCCUUCGUACGUCCGUGCUCAACGCAAGACGCAAUUCAACACUCUGCUCGACACCUUCCAUCGAGCAACCGUGUGCGACUUUGAGCCGAGCUACCACCUCUCGGCCUCCGAUCUCGUACGUGCCUUCGAACGUCAAGGCACCUCCGUCGACCCGGUCCAACCCAACGACGUGCUUCGCGGCGUAGCUAGCAGCAUGUCCGAACCCAGUGUCCAGCAGACCGCGCAGCCCGGUGCGCUGCCCAGCGCAGAGAACCCGGGCAAACUCGUGCAGGCCUCGGGCAUCGCUGCUCCGUACCAGGAUGCGAUCAAGCAGGCGAUUCAGACGCGCAUCGACCAGGGCAAGUCGAGGCCCAAGCUGGUCGGCAUCCUCGCCACGCCCAGCCCGCCCAGUGUCGCCUACGCCGAGUGGACGCGCAAGGCGUGCGAGGCGGUCGGCAUCGAGUUUGACAUCUGGAAGACCUGGGACGACUCGGUCGAGGUCAAGGAGGAGGAGCACAAGGGCAGCGCGCCCGACUUUGACCUCGAGGCGGACGUCGAGGACCUCAUCAUCGCUGCCAACGCCGACGACAAGGUGCACGGCAUCAUGGUGUACUACCCCAUCUUCUUUGGACGUCAGGACACGUAUCUGCAGCAGAUUGUGGAUCCGCGCAAGGACGUCGAGGGUCUUCACUUUAGCUACUGCUGGAACAUGUACCACAACGUGCGCUGGAUCUCGCCCGCCAAGCUCGGCAAUGCGCCGGGAACCACGCGCGAGCUGCCCGAGGAGCGCGCGCACCGCCAGGCAGCACUGGACAGCGAGCAGGUGCCUCCGGGCAUGGCCAAGUCGAUCCUGCCGUGCACGCCGCUCGCCAUGGUCAAGUGUCUGGAGGCGGUGGGCGUGUACGACCGCGAGCUGCCGUACGGCGACCGUCUGUACGGCAAGACGAUCACGGUGAUCAACCGUUCCGAGGUGGUCGGUCGUCCGCUCGCCGCACUGCUGUCCAACGACGGCGCCAAGGUGUACUCGGUGGACAUUGACUCGAUCCAGGAGUUCAACAAGCGUGCUGCCGAGCCGUCGUCGCCACCGCACGGCCGUGCGCGAUCCGAGAUGGUCAAAAAGGCGCAUGCGCAGAACACCGCCUCGCAGCUGCGCCCGCACCAUGUGGUGCGCAACUGCUCGCUCAGCGCCGAAGAGUGCAUCCGUGCGGCCGACGUGGUGAUCGCCGGCGUGCCCUCGGCCAACUACAAGAUCGAGACCGACUGGAUCAAGCCUGGCGCCGUCUGCGUCAACUUUUCGAGCGAGAAGAACUUUAAGCCCGACGUGAGGACGCGCGCGUCCAUGUACCUGCCUGCGAUCGGCAAGACCACGAUCGCCAUGCUCCAGAGGAACCUGCUCCGUCUCGUCGAGUACCGCGAGCUGUCCGAGGCAGCGGACAAGUAA